AUGGCGAUCCAGGUUCCCAUCGGCGACCUCGAUAUACAAAUCACCACCGAGCGUCUAACUCAAGAAGCAUUCUCACCUUUCGGAGACGUCAUCUCCAAUCCACGACCCGACGUCCACCCCUCGUCAUUCGACGCUCACGCCUCAUCAUUGCCACCCAACGCCUUUUCCGCCAACCAAGGCUCUGCAAUCCAGUAUCGAAAUGUCAGCCGCCUCAAGAAUCUUUACGAUCAAGCGCCCAGCGGCAAAGGAGAGCCCAUUAUGAGCAUCUUCGUCUGUGCUGCAAGAGGUGGCGCUGAAACCACCGGGGAAAACACAUUUACCGUGCGACAUCUCGAGCGGCACCCAUUCACCGCGCAAACAUUCACACCCAUCAAAUCAACUGCAUCAACAUAUCUAGUUAUCGUCGCUCCGAGUCUCCCUCCCAGUCCUCAAGAUCAAGAUUUACCUGUGCCGGCUGGCGAUGGGCUACCCGGGAGGGGAUUUCCGGAUCUCGGGCGCCUCCGUGCUUUCAUCGCUACGGAGAGCCAGGCUGUCACUUAUGGUCCAGGAACUUGGCAUUCUCCUAUGGUAGUAAUAGGUCAGACGGGAACUAGAAUGGAUUUUGUGGUAUCGCAAUUUGCUAGUGGUGUUGCUGUCGAAGAUUGCCAACUCUUGGAAGUUGGAGACGAAUUCCUAUCCCACUAUCGAACAAUCAUGGGGAGCGCAAUGUAUUCCACAGACGCCAAAAACAAGCUCGAGGACUUAUCAGGCAUCGUCUUGAAGCCGGGAGAGAAUCCUUAUGAGGCCUUCAUCCAAGCCUGCAAUAACAAGCCUGAAGAGAUCCAAGCCCUAUAUCACGCUCACCGCACCAAACGCAAUGCUCUUCAGAAGGAAAAGUUUCUUUCCCCGGAUUACAAGGAGCUCGUGAUUGACCAGUACCUUCUUCGCCUCGAGAAUCCCGAGAUCGAGCCCGGUUUCCGCGAUGAGAGAAACUGCCUCGUGAUUUGGGCACGCCCUCCAGUUCACAUCAUUGAGUUGGCUGCAAAGAUUCAGGCACGCCUUCAAGAAGUUUCGCCGAAAAUCUGGCUCAUGCCCACCUACAGGAUGCAUAUGACGACCCUUGAAAUCACCUUCUCCAAGACUCCCCAGGAGAUUGACUCUCUCGUGUCCAUUAUACGCCCUGCUGCGCCCUCCAUCGCUUCAUACACUCACACUCACCGCUCUCGUCUCGUGAAGCCCAUGGUCUCAUAUGAUCUCUCCGCCUUUGCCCUUUCUUUUCUUCCUGCUUCUGGCGAAGGAGACGACUACACAUAUCACCACCUCCGACGAGACAUCUUUGACAAGGUCAAGGAGGCAGGAGUUGAAGUUGGCUCACGAUAUCAGGUUCCCAGUGCUCAUAUCACACUAGGACGGUAUUUGACAGACGACGAGCAUGACACUCCUGAAAAGAGAGAGAAGUGGGUCAAAGCUAUUGAUGACAUCAAUGCUUGGCUGGAGAAGGAGGUGUGGGAUCAACAGGAUGCUCAGUUCAUUGGCGAAUGGGUUGUUGGGCAGGAGAGAGGAUUGGAUGUUCGAAAUGGCGCUCUGUGGUAUGGUGGUGGCCGAACCAUUGUGCUCGGCGAGGGUUUUUAG